GGCCCUGCGAGCGAGCAAAACACCCCGGUUGAACCGUCGCUGGGUGCUGGGCACAGUGCAAAACCCUCGGAAGGAAAAGUGAUAGUUUUGCGUUGUAUGCUGUUGGCCAGCUUUUUGCACCUGCUAGCGGGAUUAGCGUUGUGUUUCUUUACCGUACACUACAUCUACUACAUCGUAACAGCACUGUAUCGGUUUUCUGGCGCUCAGAUGCAAUCGGAGGAUGCGAAAUACAUUAAAAAACGAUGGAAGGGAGGAACUGUCGAACCUCAUCCCACGGAAAAGGCACUCAUUGUAAACUACAAGCUAGAAGCGGCCGUCUUCGGUGACCCUGGCGAUCCCAUGUUGGAGGAUAAAAAGGACUGCCAGCGGAUCAUUCGGCUCAAGUCGCUCAACUCGAAGACCGAUCCGGCCGUGCUGGCGCGGGAGGUGGUGGACAAGUGCGACCUGAUCCACAAAUCGCAACUGUGCGAUAUUGAGCAGAUCAUCUACUACCUGAAGAACCGGAAGGUGGUGGAAACGCCGGUCGUCGGGGCGGCCGGCGGUCACCACAACCACCACCAGCAGCGGUCCGUUUCGCGCAUCUCGGACAAAGCGAGCGCACCGGUCGACACGGAGAAGGCGUCGAUCCGCAACGUGGACGACUACAUCGAGCUGCUGUACGAGGAUUUGGCGGAGAAGGUGAAGGGCUCGCGGCUGAUACUGCAGCUCGCCCGCGAUCCGGACAAUCUGGAAGAGUUGGAGAAGAAUGAAGCGGUACUGAGUGCGCUUUCGCGCGUGCUGCGCGAAGACUGGCGCCGGUCGCUCGACCUGUCGACCAACAUCAUCUACAUCUUUUUCUGCUUCUCGACCUACACCAACUUCCACUCGGUGAUAGUGAACUACAAGAUCGGGUCGCUGUGCAUGGACGUGAUCGACUACGAGCUGCGCCGGUACGAUCAGAUGAAGCACGACAUUGACGCGCGCAAAAGCAUGUCCGCGAGCAGCUGCAGCACGGGCAGCGGCAAGGAGCGGGACCUGGACGGGGGCGUCGCGGGCGGCGGCAAGAGCAGCACCGAGCAGCUGGACACGAUCAUCGACCAGGAGAAGCCGAAGGAGAUGGAGCCGCCGCGGCGGCGCAUCCCGGAGCUGAAGCAGCGGCCCAAGUCGGGCAACUGGAGCGGCAGCCUGAUCGGGAGCGGCAUCAGCCUCAACAGCCCGCUUACGAAGGCCCACUCGAUGAACAACAGCUACCACGAGCAGCUGACGAACGAGGCCAGCCCGACGAGCCAGGGCGGUUUCGUCAGCCCGAUCACCAGCUCCAACUCGACCGAGUCGAUGAAUGCCGGCGGCGGUGGCGGCAGUGGAUCGCACACGCCCGGCUCGGAUACCACGGUGGCGGUGUGCGAAAAGCCGGACCCGCGCAAGCUGAAGGACGAUUACGACAAAAUCAACAAGCAGUUCAAGCUGUUCGUCCGCAAGCAGGAGCAGCUGCUGCGGGUCGCCUUCUACCUGCUGCUAAACAUUGCGGAAAACGUGAAGCUCGAGGAGAAGAUGCGCAAGAAGAACAUCGUCAAGAUGCUGCUGACCGCGCUCGAGCGGCAAAACUUUGACCUGCUGGUGCUGGUCGUCACCUUCCUGAAGAAGCUCUCGAUCGUGCUCGACAACAAGGAGGAAAUGUACGAGCUGAACAUCGUCGAGAAGCUGCCGCGGCUGCUCCAGUCCCAGAAGGAUCUGGUGCAGAUGACGCUCAAGCUGCUGUUCAACCUGUCGUUCGAUGCGCGGCUGCGGGCGAAGAUGAUACGCGUCGGGCUGCUGCCGAAGCUGGUCACGUUCCUGAGCGACGACAAGCACCACGGCAUCGUGACGAAGAUCCUGUACCACAUGAGCCUGGACGACAAGGUGAAGUCGAUGUUCACUUACACCGACUGCGUGCCGGUCGUGGUGGACAUGCUGCUGCUGAACCUGAACCAAAAGUCCGACCCGGACCUGAUUGCGCUCGGCAUCAAUCUCGCGCUGAACCGGCGCAACGCGGCCAUGAUGAUCGAGAACAACCGGCUGCACAGCUUGAUGUCGCGCGCGUUCAAGUGCCAGGACACGCUGAUCAUGAAGAUGAUACGCAACAUCUCGCUGCACGACACGCUGCGGCCCCACUUUGUGGACUUUGUGGGCGAUCUGGCCAAAAUUCUAACCGAGUGUGACGAGGAAGAGUUCUCCGUCGAGUGUCUCGGCAUACUGGGCAACUUGGCACUGGCCGAUCUCGAUUAUUCCCAAAUCAUACACAACUUUAACCUUAUACCGCUGAUACGAAACAUGCUUGUGCCAGGUAAAUACAAGGACGAUCUGGUACUAGAGAUGGUCGUGUUCAUCGGCACGUGCGCACUGGACGAAUCAUGCGCUAUGCUGCUGUGCAAAGCGGACGUGAUUCUGUCCCUGAUCGAGCUGCUGAAGGCGAAGCAGGAGGACGACGAGAUGGUGCUGCAGAUCGUGUUCGUGUUUCAGCAGGUGCUGCGCCACGAAAGCACCCGCUGCUACAUGAUCAAGGACACGGAGUCGCCCGCCUACCUGAUCGAUCUGAUGCACGACAAGAACGAGGAGAUACGGCGCGUGUGUGACGUCUGUCUGGACAUUAUCGCCAUCACCGACACGGAAUGGGCAUCGCGGAUAACGCUGGAAAAGUUCCGCAACCACAACAGCCAGUGGCUCAGCAUGGUGGAUUCGCAGGAAAGCGCGGACGACAUUCAAACGUACGGACCGAUCGAGGACGACGAGGCCGACCUGCCCACCUAUCUCACCUCCGAGUAUCUCGAUCAGCUGUACCUGCUCGGUGGCGACGGGGCGGACGAGAACGACUGCAACAAGCACCGGUCCGGCUCGUCCAUGUCUAACUACAGCCGUCCGGUCAGCCGCUACAGCCGCGAUCUAGAGGAUAUGGAAAUUAUUCACUAAAUCGUUCUGCCAGUGUUAGCGAGGGUUCUGCACACAAGGGUAAGUAUAGUGGACUAUGAAGCAACGGAAAACGGAAUGAUCCCUGUGUGAACGCAACGACGAGACACGCACGUGAACGUUUCUCGCAUGAUGUAAAGAUGUUUUACGGCGCAGCGUUACUAAUUUUCAGUCUAAUACUCACGUUGACACACUUCCCCCGCCCCAUGCUGCCGUAGCAAAGAUGUGUAUUAUUACUACUAGUUUUCUUUUUGGUAUUGAAAAAAAAAAUGCAAGCAAAUCCGUUAGGUCGUGGGGGAAGGUGGUGUGAUAGGGUUAAGCAGUAGGCCUGGUUGUGGCUGUCGCUUGACUGUCUCUGUGGUGCUUUAUUUUGUAUUUUUUAAAUAGUCAUUUUCAUCCAUGUGCCUAGCAGUAUCUUUAUCCGUGACUGAAAUAAGAAGCGCAGCAACUCGGCUGCAGGGUACUGAAUAUGUCUCGAGUGCCAGUAGAGGCCGGCAUGAUCGCGUAGCUCGUUACGCCAAUUAGAGGACGAAGAAGUAUGAUAAAGGAUGCGGCUAAAGAAGCUUAA